CAAAUAGCCAGAAUUGAAAAUUAUCCAAAAAUCAGUUGAUUCCAUUUAUUUAAGGUGCAAUUCAAAAAACAGCAUAUUAAUCAAGUUGUGACUGAGAUGGAUAGAGUUUUUCCAAGUCUGUAACUCUGUAUAAUGUUAAUAUUUAGUCAUUUGGUGAAACGUAGCAACAAAAAUUUAAUAGAGAGCAUCCUCAAAGUCAGUAGUUGCCAAUUCUAUAACUUUGCAAACAAAAACAAAGUUUUAGACAUGAAUCAAGUGUAUUUUAAGCAUGACAAGGCUGAUGCCAAAAUGUUGAUUAGCUUCCGAUAUGUGAAACAAGUAACAGAAACUAAGAUAUUAGACAGGAAUUUUAAUUUCGUGCGCAGCAUAAAUGAAUCAGUUGAUGUAGCACUAAACAGAAUAAGAUCUAAUCUUCAAAAGGAAGUGACAGUUAAAAGCAAGAAAAAGAAUAAAAAGAAUAUAGCUGAACAGCAGGAAGUUAAGGAACCUGAAGAUUUACAGGUUACUGUCAAGCUGUUUUUAAAUGAAGAAGAAGUAACUGAGAAAACAUUUGAGGACUUAAUUCCACAAUUUGAAGAAAAUGAAGAUCAAUUCCGAAUGCUCAUCCUAGAUGAUGUCUUUAAACUUAAAUUUAAUAAUCCUUGGGUCAACAAUCUAACGUUACCUAAUUCCAUUCUUGCAAAUUUCUACCUCUAUCCAUCUAAAUUGGAACUAGAUUUUUCUGAUCGUCAUAGUUCAGAAUUUAUUUGGUAUAAAGGCAAAAUGCCUAAAUCUAAUCGCGAAAAUGAAAUAGAGUGGGAAGAAAUUGGGAGAGGAUAUUCUUUGCUGGUUAAAAAUGAAGAAAUUGGAUAUAAAAUAAAGCUUAAAGUAACUCCAAAAAGUUUAGAUCAAUUAAAAACUGGUCCAGAAGUUGAAGCGAUUUCAAAAUGUGAAAUUCAAGCUGGGCCUGGAUUUUGUCCCUUUGAAGAACGGAACCUUUAUACAACUGAAAAGUUGAGUGGAAAUGCAAUUCGUAUUACUUCUUACAAUAUCCUUGCUGAUUAUUAUGCCGAUACAGAAGAUGGAAGACAAAAGCUGUUUAAUUAUUGUGCACAAUAUGCUAUAGAUAUUGAUUAUAGGAAGCAGUUACUGAUAAAAGAAAUUAUAGGCUACAAUUCAGAUAUUUUAUGCAUGCAAGAAGUAGAUUUUAAAGUCUUUGAUCUUGAUUUUAUUCCUUUUUUGGGUGAACAAAACAUGAAUGGUGUUCAUAAUAAGAAAGGAACGACACCGGAGGGUCUAAGUACAUUCUACAGAACUGAUCGUUUUGAAUUAAUUGAAAAUUAUGGAAUGAAUAUUGGUGAUACAGUAAAGUCACAUCCUGCAUGUCAAGAUCUAUUUUCAAAGCUUCAGUAUAAUCAACAAUUAGUUACACGCUUCACAGACCUUGCCACAACACUACAAAUUGUUCUAUUGAAGUUAAAAGAAUUCCCAAAUAAGUACUUUAUCGUAGCCAACACUCAUUUAUAUUUCCAUCCAGACGCUGAUCACAUCCGUUUACUACAAAUUGGUUUUAGCAUGAUCCUUGUUGAAGAUUACAUGAAAAAGUUUAAAGAAAAGUACGUAACUGAAAAUAUUUCUCUAUUAUUCUGUGGAGAUUUUAAUUCUGUUCCUGAAUGUGGGAUCUAUAAAUUAAUGACCGAAGGAUAUGUGCCUGAAAAUUUCAUAGAUUGGUCUAGUAAACAAGAAGAAGCCGUUAAAAAUGUUGAACUCAAUCAACCUUAUAAAAUCAAGUCAGCAUGUGGAACUCCGAAAUUUACAAACUAUACUGUUGGAUUUCAAGACUGUCUUGACUACAUCUUUUAUCAAACCGAUAAAUUUUGCGUCACCAAAGUCGUUGAAAUGCCGAGCGAAGAGGAUUUAAGUUUGCACAAUGCGAUUCCAUCUGUCGUUUUUCCUAGUGAUCACAUUGCUAUUAUAGCUGAGCUAGACAUUAUACCUUAAUUAUGUCCAAAAUAUGACAUAUUUUUCUAAAGUUUCUGUAAGGGGUCUUUCACUUAUGACGUCCGAAUUUAACGGUCAUUUUUCAUAAAAGAGGAAUUUCUACUGUUCUUUUCUUGCUGACCCCCCCCCCCCCCCCCCUGGACGUCAUAAG